AUGAUGACGAAGAGUUCAGGACCCUUCCUCCUCCUCCUCCUCCUGCUCAGCCUGAGCAGUACUGCAUCUGGACUGGGAUCAGUGGUGCAGAGAGAUUAUUCGUACAUCUCAAAGCAUUACACCUGGCAGGAUGCUCAAAGCUACUGCAAGAAAUCACCUUCCUACACUGAUUUGGCCUCCAUCUUUACGCAGUCAGAUGCAGACAGCAUAAAUAUGGGGCCUUAUCAUGCAUGGAUCAGCUUGCACAAACUCAAUGGCCCCUUCUGGAUUUGGUCUAAUAAAUAUGGAAUGAAUGUCAACUUUGGCCAAAGUCAGUACCACUGGGGGUAUAACGAGCCACGCAACGAAAACUGUGCUCUCAUCUAUUACACCAGCCAAAAGUAAUGGAGACUGUUCUAACACUGCUUUUAAAGACUUACACAAUGUUU